AUGGAACAACAACUCUUUUUCCUCUUAGUAUUUGCUGGAGUAACAACAGCAGUGGACAACCUCACAGGUUCACUAUGCAGCACAUGCACUCCCAUAUGUUCAUCACCACCCUCUACCACCAACCCACCACCAUCUCCGCCUGCGGUCAUGUUCAAAACACCACCAUCUCCACCUCUAGUCACUUUCAAACCACUACCAUCUCCGCCUGCGGUUCCAUCCAGGCCACCCUCAUCUCCAAAGCCGGUCCAUAAUGCUCCACCGCCAGAAAUAUUUUACUAUUUUGAUUCGCCGGUAGAUGUAACUCCACCACCACCAACUUACAUUUCGUCGGGUGGUGACAACCGCGGUCCUCCAUCUCCAUCAUUCGUGUACUUCCCGACACAGCCGGCUGCUACUGGCGGUGGUCGUGGACCUGGAUAUAAUCAUUUGUAA